AUGAUUAAAGCUGAGAGGCGACCUUAAUAUAUACUCCAUAUACAAGGGAUAACUGAAACAUAUAUACAUGCCUUCAGUCAUAUAGUUUGGUGCAUUAGAAGAAGCAGCUAUCUAUGGAGCUAACUGGUAGGAGAAUGACAUGGAUAUGUUCUUAUGUGCUUCUUCAAAUAUUGUUCUUCUCUAGCUAUGCCACUUCACGUUCCAUAGUCAAGACUCUACCAGGUUUUGAUGGCGAUCUCCCAUUCAAGCUUGAAACUGGCUACGUAGGUGUGGGUGAAAUGGAUGACGUACAACUGUUUUACUCUUUUGUCGAGUCUCAAAGAGAACCUUCAAGUGAUCCUCUCCAAAUUUGGAUCGGUGGAGGGCCCGGUUGUUCUUCUUUCCAGGGGUUCUUUUAUGGAAUCGGACCCUUAUCUUUUGAUUAUAUAUAUUCUGAGGAAAGGUUGCCCACACUUCAUUUGAACCCAGACACUUGGACAAAGGGCCUUAACUUGCUGUUCAUAGAUGCACCAGUUGGCGCCGGAUUUUCUUACUCAAAAAGCUUUGACGGCCACUCCACGACCGACCGAAAAACUGUAGCAAAUCUUUACAAUUUUCUGCAAAAGUGGAUAAUCGACCACUCUGAAUUUGCAGAAAAUCAACUUUACAUUGGUGGUGGUUCGUAUGCAGGCAUUUUCAUUCCAGUCUUGGCUCAAAAAAUAUAUGAUGGUAACGAAGCUGGGCUCAAGCCACACUUCAAUCUCAAAGGAUAUGUGCUUGGGAGCCCAAAGACAGAUCCAUAUCUUGAUGUUAACUCAAAAGUCCCAGCUGCUCAUCGUUUGACUCUUAUAUCGGAUGAACUCUAUAAGUCGGCCAAAGCAAGUUGCAAUGGAAAUUAUGUCAACAUUGAUACAACCAAUGAAAGAUGUAUGAUGGAUGUUGAAGCUAUCGAUGAGUUAAUCAGUGGAAUAAACAUAAAUCAAGUUUUGGAACCGUUAUGCACAAGUGGCUAUUUGAAACCCAAUAAAGUAGAUAGGGAUCAAAGAAUUCUCAUGAGGACUACCAACAAUUUCCUCCAUUCAUUGCCUACAAAUAGUGCAUUAUGGUGUCGAGAUUAUGAAGAUGUAUUUGUUGAAAUUUGGGCAAAUGAUCCAAGUGUUCGAGAAGCUCUUCAUGUUAGAGAGGGAACCAAAGGAUAUUGGACGUUGUGCAACAUUUCCGACUUAGCUUACACAAAGGAUAUUCUGAGUACUAUUGAUUAUCACCGAAAUCUAAGUAAAACCAGACUCCGAGCUCUCAUAUACUGUGCUGAUCUUGAUCUGUCAAUACCACAUAUCGGUACACAAGAAUGGAUAAGGUCUUUGAAUUUCACUUUGGACGAUUCAUGGCGUGCAUGGUUUGUUGAUGCUCAAGUUGCAGGAUACACAGAGAGGUACAAAUAUGACAAUUUCUACAUGACAUACUCGAGUGUCAAGGGAGCUGGUCAUGUAGCUGAUUUGUACAAGCCUAAGGAGGUCUAUAACAUGAUUGAUAGAUGGUUCGCAUAUUACCCUCUGUAAAUAAUGAUCGCUAUCAGAAAUCCAUUUUGAGGAUGAGAUAUAUAUAUAUAUAUAUAUAUAUGAAGAUGAUUGGACAUUGCAAUUAAACCAGUACAAUUGGUUUAAGUGGCGAUCAGCCAUUCUCUUAAUAGCCAAUGUGUCUUUAGAAUUGUGCUUAAUUAAGUAUCAAAUAUUUGUAAGAUUCUAUUUUUUGAGUUUGAUCCUUAUUAUUGGACCAAAUACAUGUAUAAAAAGUAUGGGUCUUAUGGUACUAACUUCAGGUACUAAAAACAAAACAAAAACAGCACAAUUGGUUAAAUAAAGAAGACUCAGCAUUGCAAUUAAACCA